GUUCUCCUGGCUGCCUCUCGGUUUCAGUCGUGCACGCCCCGCUGGCAGACCUGCAUCGGGAACACUGACGACACGCUGGGCUUCGCUCUGGGAUCGCUGUUCGUGAAGGAGACCUUCGACAAACACAGCAAAGACAUCGCCGAGGAGAUGAUUAAUGAGAUCCGCUCGGCGUUUAAAGGCGCUCUGGACCGCCUGGGCUGGAUGGACCCACACACCAAACGAGCUGCCAAAGACAAGGCCGACGCCAUCUACGAUAUGAUCGGUUUCCCAGAAUUCAUCCUGGAUCCCAAAGAGCUGGACGACGUGUACGACGGGUACGAGGUGUCGUACGACAGCUUCUUCAUGAACAUGCUCAACUUCUACAACUUCUCCUCCAGAGUGAUGGCCGACCAGCUGAGGAAGACCCCCAACAAAGACCAGUGGAGUAUGACCCCCCCCACAGUAAAUGCCUACUACAUGCCCACUAAGAACGGCAUCGUCUUCCCCGCCGGGAUCCUGCAGGCUCCUUUCUACGCCCACGACCACCCCAAGGCGUUGAACUUCGGGGGGAUCGGGGUGGUGAUGGGUCACGAGCUCACGCACGCCUUCGAUGAUCAGGGUCGCGAGUACGAUAAAGAAGGGAACUUGCGGCCGUGGUGGCAGAACUCGUCGGUGGAGGCGUUUCGUGAGAGAACCGAGUGCAUGACGGAUCAGUACAGCCGCUACACCGUCAACGGAGAACACGUCAAUGGAAAACAGACGCUCGGAGAAAACAUCGCCGACAACGGAGGACUGAAGGCUGCGUACAACGCUUAUCGGUCGUGGGUGCAGAAGAACGGAGAGGAGAAGAGACUUCCUGCCGUUAACCUGACCAACGAUCAGCUUUUCUUUGUUGGUUUUGCUCAGGUGUGGUGUUCAGUGCGGACACCGGAGAGCGCUCACGAGGGUUUAGUGACCGACCCCCACAGCCCCCCCCGAUACCGGGUCAUCGGCACGCUCGCCAACUCUCCAGACUUCAGCCGCCAUUUCAACUGCCCCGUAGGGACGCCCAUGAACACCGGGGGGCGCUGUGAGGUCUGGUAGAUGGAGCUAAGAGGAGUUGAUUAGUCUGGAAAUAUAUCCUCGUUAACAAAUGGCAGGAGUCUUAAUUAGAGGAAGUUAUCUCGGGGUUAUCUUGAAGUUAUCUGGAGGUUUUAAUUUGUCAGGAAACUUAAAAAUAUACCCUUCUUUAACAAACGGCUAGUGUCUUAAUUAGUGGAGGUUAUCUGGAGGUUAUGUGGAGGUUAUGUGGAGGUUUUCAGGUGUGCGUUGGGGGUGUAACCUUCAGUUUCUCCCGCUAAUAUAAAUCUAUGAAUUAGAGAGGGUCGGACUGACUUCCUGUCUGGAAAUGAAACGGACUUCACACGAAGGACUGACGAUGAAGAGGAAGUCACAUGGGACGAUGUUGCUGAUUUCUGCUUUAUCACCGUCAUUAAUUAUUGUUAUUGUUAUUAUUAUUAUUGGGCUUUGGUUCGUGUGUGUGUGUGUGUGUACUUGUGUGUUGUGAGAAAGUGCUCUCUCUGAUGACAUCACUGUGAUGACCUCAAACUAAUUUGAACUGUGACAUCACCAUCUGAUUAAUUAUUCAAUUAAGGGACUUUUAGGGCAACGUUCUUGGAGGUUAAACAUUUAAAAGGUUGAUAAAUCAAAUCAUUAUACUGUGACAUAUUAUUAAAGAUUUAAGUGGGUUAUUUUUAGGUAUAUAAACUAAUACAUUUUAAGAAAUUAAACCACACAGAUCAACUGAUCUACAACAACCCAUUCACUUCCCCCAUUAUAUGAAAGGGUUUAAAUGGGUAAUUUGUGUGGUUUUCUGGGCUUUUAAGGAACAAAAAAAGCCGUAAUUUGACCAAACACCAUAAAAACUCUCCCCUUUAUUUUAAGAGUAUUUUAUAGCAUAGAUUUAUGAAUGGCUUUCAUGGUUUUUGGUCAUUUUAAAGGAUUUAUUUACCGUUAUUGUGUUCUUAAAUCCAUGCAGAUCAUCUCAUACAAAACCCAUUGGCUUUAGAUUAAUUACAUGUAGGAGGAAAACACCCUAAAAUUGACCAAAUAUCCUUUAAAAUAUUAAAAGCAUUUUUAAGGUUUGAAUUAAGGAAUGGCUUUAAUGAUAUUUUGUCCAUAUACAGUAAAGAGUUGUUAAUACCCUUUAAAAAAUGUUAAACUUUGCAUAUAAAUGAAUGUUCCCCUUAACAUCCCAUUAAAAUGACCUUAAUAUGUUUAUUUUAUUUGUUCAAUUUAACGCCUUAAAUCGAAUUAUUUGAAAACGUAAUUUGUAAUGUUGCCUAUCAUUCUAAUUAUAAUGCCUUGAUUUGAUUAAUUCCAUUAAUGAAUCCUUAAUAUGACAUCAUCUAAAUAUUACCAUUUAUUAUCCCCUUAAACGCUGUCCCUGAAAAUAUACGGCAUUUUAAUGCAGAUUUAAGAAAGUGUUUUAUCCUCUUAAAAAACCUUAAUUGAAUCAUUGAGCAGAUUUAAGGUAGAAAGCAUGAAACCACCGAUCAGAGUUUAUUUAUCGAGUGCCCUAACAAUCUGACUUCAUUAUAGAACCGACAAAAACGCCUUAAAAUGAUAAAUAACUCUUUAAAAUCUUAUAAACUAUAAAACAAAUAGAUGAUAGAUGGAGUGUGAGGCGUUCAGGGACUACAAUGAGCCUGGGGCAUCGAGAAACUUAUACAUUCUCUAAAACAUGGGGCGUUCAGGGACUAAUUGAAGCACGGGGCGUUCAGGAAUCCAAUCGAAUAUAGGGCGUUCAGAGACUAAAAGGAUCAUGGGGCGUUCAGAGACUAAAAGGAUCACGGGGCGUUCAGAG